AUGCUCGAAACGAUUAAAUACCUUAUCGGUUGGCCCGGUCCAAGCGGAUUCGGAUCCAAAUCCACCGCCGAACAAGUCACCGAACCCCGCGGCGAACUUCGUUCCAUAACCGCCAUCAUCACCGGUGGUACUUCUGGAAUCGGAGCGGAAACAGCGCGCGUGUUGGCUUCGCGUGGCGCGAGAGUGAUUCUUCCGGCACGGAGCAUAAAAAACGCGGAGGAAACGAGAGAUAGAAUCGUAACGGAAUGUCCUGAAGCGGAGAUUAUCGUUAUGAAACUCGAUCUUAGUUCUCUCAAUUCCGUUACGAAUUUUGUUACUCGCUUUCACUCUCUCGGUUUCCCUCUCCAUCUCCUCAUAAACAAUGCUGGGAAGUUUGCAGAAAAGCACGCGAUCUCAGAAGAUGGAAUUGAAAUGACCUUCGCCACUAAUUAUUUAGGUCAUUUUCUAUUAACGAAGUUGUUGAUGAAGACGAUGGUUGAAACAGCAGAGACGACGGGGAUUCAAGGGAGGAUAGUGAACGUAACUUCCGCCAUACACAAAUGGUUUACUGAUGACGUCAUCUCUUAUUUGGCUCUUAUAAGCCACAACAAAAGCCAUUUCGAUGCUACACGUGCUUAUACUCUUUCAAAACUCGCCAACGUUUUACACACUACAGAGCUUGCUACCAGACUCAAGCAAAUGGAUGCCAACGUGACUGUGAACUGCCUUCAUCCGGGAGUUGUGAGAACCAGACUCACCAGAGAACGUGAUGGUUUCCUUACAGAUUUAGUUUUCUUUUUGGCUUCCAAGUUAUUAAAGACCCUUCCCCAGGCAGCUGCAACAACAUGUUAUGUGGCAACCCAUCCAAGGCUCUUCAAUGUGUCAGGCAAGUACUUUAUGGACUGCAACGAAGUCUCCAGUUCCAAAUUGGGAUCCAACUCAAUUGAAGCUUCAAGGUUAUGGGCCUUUUCCGAACUCAUCGUUUCUAAGGGUUCAAAAGCUGCCUUUGACCAAUUUAAUCACCUUGAAUUCUGA